AGCCUUCAAAACCGCUCAUAACCAUGUCAGGGACGUAAUAUGCAUGGUUUCAAAAAUUGAGGGAUGUAUUUUACCCGGUUUUAAAGUUCAGGGAUGAAAAACAGACUUUUGCGAAAGUUGAGAACCUAAAUGGACUUCUUCCCGAAAUAAAACAAAGCAUUUCUCUCGCAAAAGGCCCACGCCUCGAGGAGUCGCAGCCCACCACGGUGAACGGGGAGGCCCGCACCGAUGACAGGAAACCAACACUCCAACAGUAGUGCAGCUCGUCGCUGCACACCUGACGCCGCCGAGCCCGCAUGAGCACGGGAGGCGGCGGCGGCUUCCGCGAGCUGACGGCCCUCUUCUCCGCGCUGCGCCGCGCGCGCCUCCAACACCCCGCUCACGCCGCGCAGCUCCACGCCCGCGUCCUCGUCUCUGCUGGCACGCGCCCUCACCCGCACCCGGUCCUCCUCGCGCAGCUCGUCUCCCUCUACGCCGCCGCGGGCCGCCUCGCCGACGCGCUCCGCGCCUUCCGCGCCCACCUACCCAGCGCCAACCCCCGCACCUACGCCGUCCUCGUCUCCGCCCUCGCGCGGCCGCACCCGGGCCUCGCAUUCUCCCUCUUCUCGGGCUCGCGCCGCCAGCUCCGCCCCAGCCCCCAUGUCAUCUCCGCCGUGCUCGCGGCAUGCGCCGGCCUCCAGCCUCUCUGCGGGCGCCAGGUCCACGCGUGCGCGGCCAAGGUCGUACCGCCCGGCGACGUCUUCGUCUACACCGGGAUGGUCGACGCGUACGCCAAGGUCGGGGACAUGGAGUCAUCCAGGAAGGUGUUCGAUGAAAUGCCGAGCCGGGGUGCCGCGUCGUGGAACGCGCUCCUUGUUGGUUACGCCAGGAACAAGAUGUGCCUCGAAACGAUGUCGGUGUUCAGGGCGUUGGCAGCACAGGGGCGGGAGGUGUCUCUGGAUCAGGUGAGCGUGUCGAGUGUGCUCAGCGCUUGCACUGUGGCAGGGGCCCUGGACUUUGGUCGCCAGGUACAUGCGUGCGCUGCCAAGGUGGGGCUGGAGCUGAGCGCGGUUUGUGUCAGCAACGCUCUUCUUGACAUGUACACCAGGUGUGGAUGCUCACGAGAAUCUUUAGCUCUGCUAAAUGCUGUGGGUUGCAGGGAUGUUGUCACCUGGAACAUCAUCAUUCGUGGUUGCAUUCAUGACAAUCGCUUCAUGGAAGCUUGUGUGCUGUUCCGGUCCAUGGUCAGGACCGGUACCUUGCCCGAUGAUGUGGCUUUCGCUACUGUAUUGCAGGCAUCAGCAUGUAUGUCGGCAUGGGCCAUAGGAGCAAGCAUGCAUGCCUCUGUCGUAAAGACGGGGUUCUUGGACAGUGAUGGCGUUGCUAGCUCGCUAAUCACCAUGUAUUCUAAAUGUGGCUGCUUGGACGAUGCACACCAAGCAUUUGUGGGGGCAAAAGAUCAUUUGCAUGUAUUGUCCUGGACGGCCAUGAUAACUGCACUGCAGCAGCAUGGACAUGGAAUGCAGGCAAUCGAUGUAUUCGAGAAUAUGCUAGAGAAUGGCAUUCCUCCGGACCACAUCACAUUUGUUAGUGUUCUCUCUUCCUGUAGCCACAGCGGACUUGUUGAGCAAGGACGCAAGUACUUCGAUUCAAUGACUCAAGUUCAUAGGAUCACACCAUGGAAUGAGCAUUAUGCGUGCAUGGUUGACAUGUUUGGGCGAGCAGGCCUUCUAACUGAGGCAAAGCGAUUCAUUAACCAGAUGAGACCUAAGCCAGAUGCAUCAGUCCUUGGGGCACUCCUUUCGGCUUGCAUAAACUGCAGGGACCUUGAGAUGGCUAAGGAGGUUGCCAACAAGCUGUUUGUGAUUGAGCCAGGUAAUACCGGGAACUAUGUCCUGCUUGCUAAUAUCUAUGCAUCACAUGGAAGAUUGGAGGAGGCAAAGGAGGUGCGGAGAUGGAUGAUGUUUCAGGAGUUAAGGAAGGAAAAGGGAUGCAGCUUAAUCAACAAUUGAGAACCAAAUCUGUACCUUAUGAAUACUUGAGGUUUCUAUUGUCUCAAGGAUGACGGCUGCACUAGUCAAACAGAAAAGCUCGCUGCCCGUUUGAUACACAUGCAGUUAAGGCAAUAAAGCCUAUAGGUGUUUCUGCAUACUCAAGGUUCAUGAGAGCAUCCCAGCAGUGAAAUCUGAAAGGUAUGACUCAUUCAAACCAUAUGUGGAGAAGUUUAAUUCCUUGUUAGUGAGAGCAGAAGACACAAAAUGCAGAACAAUUGUACUACUAACAUGUGGUCAAUACAUGUAUUCCUUAACCACUGCUACAUGCUGAACUACAGAGCAAAGGAUCGGAGGCGUGUUUGGACUGCAUUCUUUUGGCUGUCAGAUGAGUGCCUCAGGGGAGCAGGAGCAGGGCCAUGCCUUUGUCAAUGGACUUGGACACAUGGAUAUACAAGAGCACAGAGACUAUAUACUUUCCUUACACUUCCAAGGAAGAGCCUGCCGGAACAAUGGACAGAGACAAGAUUAGCUAACAGUAAAUGAAAUGCAUGCAAGUGAAUCAUUUAAGCGGAGAAGAAACAUACUCCCACGGUACAUCCCCAACCAUCAUCCAGUCUCCAUCCUGGUCUUCAUAGGUGAGAACAUGUGCAGCCUUCUCGUGAGGAGCUCUUUGAUGGUACUCCAUAACAUCAGCAUCUAAUCAUAUCACAUAUUGAUUAUAGAGCGACCGGCAAGCAUUGCAAUACAAUAUAAUGACAUAACAAGAUGUGACAUCCUGUCUUGAAGUUUAUCUAUCCAAUUUAAAGUGUGAGGCAGGAAUUCCUCCAAAAAUUAAAUAAUUCAAAUUUGUGGUCUAGUGCUAGUGGCUAGAAUCCCAAUAAAACUUCAAGACAUGAUGUUGAAUUAAAAUUCAUUCUAUAGUUCAAUUAUGUGGGUAUAUCCAUUUUUGCAUCCAUCAAAUGGCUUAGUUGGUUUGGCAUUUUCCUUUUUUUCGUUUUUUUGGUUUCCUAUCCUUAAAACUCUGUGAUAAUGAACUUAGCUACGUGCAUACUUACAAGUGAUAGAGGCCUUGAACAUGUGGCGGAGUUUGGCUAGGAGGCUGUCGUACCCAUCCAGCAAGAGCAAGUCCAGCUUCCGACCGAUUGGAACGCCUUCCAUGUACACCUUCACGAACAAUGUGCUCCGUCGGCGUGCCGAGGCUGUCAAGGCGCUUCUAAGGAACGGUUUGAUCGGGGGCCAAUCCGGGAGUACUUGGUUCCUGCCCAUCAUCCGUUCGUGUUGAAAGUCUUAUUAAUAAAUGUAGAUGACGUGCACAAGGGAACCAAUUGGAUGGAGAGUACUGUUGGGAUAUUAAUCGGGGAUGCUGUAUAUUAUAGAGAUAUGAUAGCGACAAUACAAAUAUGAAAGUUGUUGUGAAGAUAUCAAUGAUCAAUUAAGGCUAAGAGUAUACUCUUAAAAAUACUAAAAUUUCUGGCUCA